GAGAUCGCGAAGCCAAGAAGUUUGUCCAUGCUGGCUUCCUAUAGCCAAAAGAAUUUCCGGGAUACUUCAUUCGGGUCAGUGCUGGACAGGGCUCGAAUCCUGGCUGAUUUUACUCGAUGGCUGCUGUGUUUCUGGUGAUGCUCUACGAGUACUCACCACUCUUUUACAUCGCCGUGGUCUUCACCUGCUUUAUUGUGACCACCGGCCUGGUGCUGGGAUGGAAGAUAUGUGCUUGCUCACCACUAUCAUGGAAGCAUUACCAAUGCAAGUUCCAAGUAAAAAGAAAAAGGAAUUCCCACGAAUGGUUUGGUUUGGAGGUUCCAGUAAUCCUGAGAAAUUCAGAAGAGAUAGAAUUCAACACAAGAGUAUCCAAAAAGGAGAUGAAACAAGUCAAGAAUCCUUUUGGUUUAGUGAUCACUAAUCCAACUUCAGCCUCAAUCACAAAUGGCAUAGCAUUAACACCUGAUUGUAUAGAAGAAAGCAUCCUUACUUGCUACUGGGGUUGUGAUGUUCAAGAAUUGUAUGAAGCACUGCAGAAACAUGUUUAUAUUUCCAGAAUAAAUACUCCACAAGCACUAGAAGAUGCUAUUUAUAACAAAUAUAUCUUUAGAGAACAACAUUUUGUUAAAAAGAAUAGCAAAGAAGAAAAAUACUGUCAAUUACCAGAUAAUGCUAAAAUUGAAGAUUUUGGCGUUGUUCCUAGAUCUCAAUAUCCACUGGUGGCACUAUUAACUUUAGCUGAUGAAGAUUCCCAAGGACUAUAUGAUAUUAUUUCAAUGGUGACUGUGAUUCAUAUUCCUGAUAACAAAUACAAACUUUCCUGCAGAAUAUUAUAUCAGUAUGUACUACUGGCUCAAGGUCAAUUCCAUGACCUUAAGCAACUUUUCAUGUCUGCAAAUAAUAAUACACCAUCCUUGAGUAAAUCUUCUCCAGGAGAACAAAGUACUGACAGACAUUUGUUCGAAAAAGCUGGAUUGGCUGAAAUUGAAGUGGAGCACUAUGAAGAAAAUAGCAAAGACUGUGUUGUUUGCCAGAACGGAAAGGUGAAUUGGGUACUCUUACCAUGUAGACAUACAUGCUUAUGUGAUGGCUGUAUUAAGUAUUUUCAGCAGUGCCCUAUGUGUAGACAAUUUGUCCAUGAGUAUUUUGCACUUUGCAGUCAAAAAGAACAAGAUAAAGAAUCACCAAAAAGUGAAGGGAGUGUUACUUCUUAAAGAUUUUGUCUACUGAAGAUGGAGACAUUAUUUUUUUUUUUGCUUUAAAUCAAUCAUAAUUUAAAGUCUGUGCAGUGUUGCUGGUAAGUGAUAAGAAUCCUUCUAACUUCGUAUUUGCACAGUAUGUUUGCAAUAUAAAUUGCGUUCUGCUCAGUAAUCUACCAGAAUAGUAGUCACUCACAGUUAUUACGUAAAAAAUACAGCCUUUUUGAAAAAUAUAUUUGAUAACUUCAUGUAGUGUUAAAUCAUUCUUUAAAGAAACAACUAAAACUUAGAGGGACAAUAGGGAACAUUAAAUUUUCUCUCAUUAACACAGUUUUUUCUCUUUAAUGUGUAAUUAGGAGAAAAUUUAGUUACAAAAUAAUUGUAUACUUAUAUUAUAUGAAAGAGGAAUAGAGUGUUCUAAAUCUUGCCAAAUCCUUUUCCUAAAAGUUGGUUAGCUUUUAAAUAUACCAUUAUGUUUGUACUGAUAAUAUAACUGAUAUUCAUACAAGUUUAAUUAUAUACAUAAAUCAGUUUUUAGAUGCAGGUUCCAUAUAAGAAAUAUAGUAUUCUGCAUUUAAAAUGUUUUCAUUGUAUCAGCUAUUAACAUUUUUGAACCAGAUAAGAAAUUUGAGCAAUGAAAUAAUUCCUAUAAGAAAAAAUCAGAGCAUCAAAAUGACACAUUUUAUAAAAUAACAGUGUGAUUAAUGUAAGCCUUUUUUUUUUUCCUGUAAGAGUUGAGAUGCAUUACUUCACUGUUUUUCCUUUAUUGUCUGUCUACCACAGAAUAGAUUUUGGAGCCACCAAAAUGCACCUAAAGAAGAAAUAAAAAUAUUGUGUGGUUUUUGAUUCAUUAAUAAAUCCCAAACCCUUAUGAAAGACGAGUAUCUUGAUUUAUUUAUUGACUUUUCUAAAGGUAAUGAAAUCAAGUGGGUUAGUUUCAUUAUUAUUAAAGAGAUAAAGAUAAAGCAGAACUUCCUAAGUCUUUAAUAACAACUCCUCACUGCAAUUCCUUUUGAAAUGGCCCUUAAAUUUUAAUGAGAAAAACAAGUACAGGAUAAAUAUAAAUAAAACAGUAUUUAUAAAUGGUUUAUUCCUAUAGUAAACUCCUCAGGGAAAAUCUUAACUUUGCAUCCUCUUUACUCAGCAUAGGGUAUUGUACAUAGAAAACACUGUUUUAUUUCAUUGGAUUUUAGUUCCUUUACGUGAUUGAAGAACAAUGAGCCUUAAUGUGAGUCAAGUAUAGUCAAGUAUAUGUAUAUUAUAAUUAUUUGUGUAUGGUCUUGUCUAUUACUAGAAUUUAAGAAUCUUAAAUAUAAGGAUUAUAUCUUUUAUCAUUGUCUCCUCUCUAAGAGAGACCUAGUACCCUGCCUUACAGAACUGCAGUGGAAGGGUUUAUAAGUCUUCAGAUACAUAAAAACAGCUAUUAUGUGUAUCCUAUGCAUUCUCUUCCAGAUAAAUAUUCCCAGUUCCUUCAUCCAAUCCUCAUAUAACAUAAUUUCUGGUCCUUUUAUCAUGUGUUUCUCUAAACUAAGCACAAUAUGGAUUCUAACUAAGAUAAAGAGUAUCAAUUCUUCUCUUUCCCUUGUUCUAAACUCACUUAGCCUAUGAUUUUAUUAGCAUUUUUUGGCUUCUUUUUGACUUAUUUUGAGUCUGUAGCUAACUAAAACACCCAGGACUUUUUUUAUAUGAACUGUUGUCUAGUAAUGUUACCCUUAUUGUAUACUUAAAGUUGAUUUUGCAACCCAGCUAUACGGCUUUAUAUUUAUUUCUAUUAAAUUUUGACUUCAUAGGUCCUUAUUUCAGCUUGUCAAGAUAUUUUUGAAUCUUAAUUGUCAUCUGAUAUGUUAGCUAACCAUUUCAGCUUUCUAUAUAUGAACACUUGAUAAGCAUGUCUUCUACUAAGUCAUUGGUAAAAAUGUCAAAGCACCAGAAACAAAGUCCAGAGCCCUAAGUUGGAACCACUUCUCAUUGACAUAAUUAUUAGUGAAUACUAUUAGAAGUGGUUAUUCAGGUACAUGCAAAUAUUCCUGAAUAUAUAAUCAUAUUACCCCUGUAUCUCCAUCUUUUCUAUAAGUAUAGCAUUAGUGUUUUGUUGACAUGAAUAUACUAUUCCUACAGCAUUUCUUUUUGACAAUUUUAACAAAUAAUUAUCAAAGAGAAAAUGAAAUGAGGUUGACCUCUUUUACAACUCCUAGUCAUGGAUUUUAUUUUGUUCUUCUCAGUCUUCCAUGGAAGAAAAAACAUAUUAAGUCGUUUUGUCUUUUCUCCCUGUCCAUAUGAUUGUCCUGUUUAUGCUGAGCAGUGUUCCUAGUUAUUCUGUGAUCUUCCUCUUGUCCCCUGGAAACUAAAAAGUCUUUUAUUUUAAAUGUGAUUAGGUUCUUAUAUCAUUCUGUGUAAACAGCCCUGUUUCUCUUAUUAAAAUUUUAUCUGUUUUGUGUUUUCAGGA